AUGCCUCUGCUUUACCACUGCAGGAAGGAACUCCAGUUGAUGCAUAAGGAGCUUGAGGUGUUGUCAGUGCAGCACACUCAAAAAUGCCUGGAAAACUCUCAGCUGAGCCAGGAGCUGCACGAUGAGAGGCAGUCCUUGAUGCAGUACCAAAAAGAAAACCAGGAGCUCAAAAAGAAGCAGAGGGAAACAGAUGAGAUGUCUCAGCUACAUUUCUCACUAAAUGGGAAACAGUCGCACGUUGCUCCUCAAGUGAACGACUUCUAUGAGAUGGAGGUGAUUCUACGGGCGAGAGAGGCCGAAAUGCAGUUUCUCAGGCAGGAAGCUCGUUCUCUCAGAGAGGAUCUGAAGAUUGCUCGAAUGGACAAAAUAUACGCCCAGAACAAGCUCAAGGCUCUCUAUGCGAACAGCCAGGAUGAACCCCAUCAUGAUCUCAACAAACUCUGUGAAGACGUCAAGUUUGCCACUUGGUCUCCAGGCAGAGACGCCUCAGGGCCGAGCCUCGAGGACAGUGUGACAAACACGGGUAAUGCGGCUUUUCUGAAGAAAACAGAGAAAUCAUCCCUCACACAUCAGAUCAGAGGAGUGAGAUCAAAGAGUUUAAAAGAAGGCCUCUCUAUCCAGGAAAGAAUGAAGCUUUUUGAGUCAUUCUAAUCCAAACAAGAUGAGAAGAAUUUCAGAGUAAAACUGCUGUUAAACGGAAGAUGUAUCUCUUUUUUGUUGUUACGCAACAUGUGUUAUAUUUUAUGUAAUUGUUUUUUACCUUGUAAAAAGUUGGUUUGUUGUUGACAUGCUAUGUUCUUUGGAAUGUGUGUGAGAGGUAGAAAUGAGUGUCAAUAUACCACUAGAGGGAGCAACAAGCACUGGCUUUUCUAGAUAAACAUUUCUAAAAGUUGACUGUUAUUCAUUACACAGCAAUUACAAAAAUAAAUUCUAUUUAUAUUUUGUUCCUCAGUACAAUGUACAGUUUAACUUAUAGACAUAUUAUCUGUGUUUUCAUUAAAAUGACUCUGUGUUGUAUCAGUUGUAUAAAAACUGUCAUUAACAUGUUGUACCACUAGAUGUAGCAUAAUACAACAUAUGCUCUCACAUCAGAGGUGAUGUUGGUGAACCUGUAUCUGUUCUUUUGCUGUUUUAUGACCAAAAAUAUUUCAGCUGCAUAAUGAAGUAAUGGCAAGAAUUUUAGGAAGGCCACUCUUUUUAUCGAUAUAUGAAAAUAUUAGGGUUAGUGUGUGAAUAUU